GCUUUUUUUAAUUUGUUCUUCUGAGAGUUAGGUGUGGGGAUCACUGAGUUACGUAAAGGCGAUCUAGGGUUUCACUCCUGUUUCUCAGUUCUUUACUGCUUCUUUUGGGGGGGUAGCCGGGGCUCCGGCCUCGGCGUUUUUUAACGCCCCCUAUUGCACAAACAAAAGAUUUUCAACCGUUAAAAUUCUUUUUUUUCACUAACCCACACACAGAUCGGGGAAGAGAUGCCGGCCUUGACCUGCCUAGAUGCUGCAAUUCUUCCUGGUUACGCUCUAGCCGGGGAUGGCUCUCUUCCCGUGCCGGAAAUAUUUUCCGGUGCACCUUCGGCGACAAACACCACCUCUUCCCUUCAUUGGUCUCCAUCCCUCUCUGCCUCUCUCUACAGGAUUGAUCGCUGGGGUCCCCCUUACUUCUCUGUCAACUCCUCCGGCAACAUUACCGUCCGUCCUUACGGUGCCGAUACUCUUCCUCACCAGGAAAUUGAUCUCAUGAAGGUUGUGAAGAAGGUUUCCGAACCGAAAUCCGCUGGCGGAUUAGGUUUGCAGUUCCCUCUUAUUGUACGUUUUCCAGAUGUCCUCAAAAACCGUCUCGAAUCUCUGCAGUCGGCGUUCGAUUAUGCGAUCCAAUCUCAAGGUUACGAAUCGCAUUACCAGGGUGUUUAUCCAGUUAAAUGCAACCAAGACAGGUUUGUCGUUGAAGACAUUGUUGAAUUUGGGUCGUCAUUCCGUUUCGGCCUCGAAGCUGGAUCCAAACCUGAGCUUCUCCUCGCGAUGAGCUGUCUGUGCAAGGGAAGCCCUGAGGCUUUCCUCGUCUGCAAUGGCUUCAAAGACGCCGAGUAUAUUUCUCUUGCGCUGAUUGCAAGGAAGCUUGAUCUUCAUACGGUGAUCGUUAUUGAGCAAGAAGAGGAAGUUGAUUUGGUGAUAGACCUCAGCCGAAAGCUGCUAGUCCGCCCUGUCAUCGGUGUGCGAGCGAAACUUCGCACUAAGCAUUCUGGCCAUUUUGGAGGAACAUCUGGAGAGAAAGGAAAGUUUGGUUUGACGACUAUGCAGAUCUUGCGAGUAGUGAAGAAGCUUGAACAAGCAGGCAUGCUCGAUUGUCUGCAACUCCUGCAUUUUCACAUUGGAUCGCAGAUCCCAUCGACGACCCUGCUAGCCGAUGGGGUUCGUGAGUCCGCGCAGAUUUACUGCGAGCUUGUCCGUCUGGGUGCUGGCAUGCGAGUCAUUGACAUUGGUGGCGGCCUGGGCAUCGAUUACGAUGGAUCGCGUUCGACCGAAUCAGACCUAUCGGUUGGUUACGGACUUGAAGAGUAUGCCGCCGCUGUAGUUCAAGCAGUUCGUCAUGCUUGUGACCAGAAAUUUGUGAAGCACCCAGUGAUUUGUAGCGAGAGCGGGCGGGCAAUUGUGUCUCACCACUCCGUUCUGAUCUUUGAAGCAAUGUCUGCUACUGCGGUGAAUAAGCAGCCGAUGUCGUCGUUAGGUCUCAAUCUUCAGUAUUUAGUCGACGAAUUUUCAGAGGAAGCUCGAGCAGAUUACAGGAACCUGACCGCAGCAGCAGUGCGCGGCGAGUCGGAAACUUGUUUGCUGUACACUGAUAUGCUCAAGCAAAGGUGCAUCCAGCAAUUCAAGGAAGGCUUAUUGGAUCUUGAACACCUUGCGGCUGUGGACAGUCUCUGCGAUUUAUUUUCCAAGGCGUUAGGAGUAUCAGAUCCAGUCCGCAGGUAUAAUGUGAAUCUCUCUCUGUUUACUUCCAUCCCUGACUUCUGGGCAAUUGGGCAGAUAUUCCCAAUAAUUCCGAUCCAUCGCCUAGAUCAAAGGCCAGGGGUGAGGGGGAUACUAUCGGAUUUGACGUGCGACAGCGACGGGAAGGUUGACAAGUUUAUCGGCGGGGAGUCGAGCUUGCCCCUGCAUGAGUUGGAUGGGGAAGGUGGUCUUGAUGGAGGAUAUUACUUGGGGAUGUUCUUGGGCGGGGCUUACGAGGAAGCGCUCGGUGGGUUGCACAACCUUUUUGGCGGCCCGAACGUGGUUCGUGUGUCGCAUAGUGACGGACCACACAGCUUCGCAUUGACGCGAGUAGUGCCGGGGCCGUCUUGUGGGGAUGUGCUACGGGCGAUGCAGCACGAGCCGGAGCUCAUGUUCGAGGUACUCAAGCACCGUGUAGAGGAGUGCGGACACGAGGACGAAAUGGCCCGUGCCGCUCUGGCGAGCGGCCUUGCCCGCUCCUUCCACAGCAUGCCAUAUCUCACACCAGCAGCUACUUGUGCUAUGGCAAACAAUAAUGCUUAUUAUUACUGUGGAGAAGCUGAGAAUAGUGUCAAUGAAGACACCAGGGCUGCUGUUGGCGAUGAUGACCAGUGGACCUAUUGUUGUGCUUGAGUUUAGAAGGCUUCAUCACCAUCUAUGAAUGGUUUAUCUGUCAAUGGAGGUCGUCUGUGUUUUUUUUGUUUCUUUUUCUUCCCUUCUCCUUAUGAUUUUCGUUUCCUUUUGGUGAUGGAGAUGUAUGGAGAAGCAGGACUAGUCUGUCUCUUUUUUUUAUAUUUUCUUCCCUGUAGCUGGUAGUGACUAGGGAGAGGGGACGGGAAACCGAACCAGUUUCUGUAAAUUCGGAAUCUAAUCCCCUUUUUUAAUUUUCAAA